CAGAUUAAAUGUAUUAAUGCAGACGAGUGUCACCUGAAGCUGAACAAACAAGGAACACCUGGCCGCCAACAACAGCCAUCACUACACACGCUUGCUGUUCUUUCCACCCAGUCACUGAUGAGCAUUCUGCACAGCAAAUAAGCGACUGAACAGAACAGAUGACGUGUGUAGCACGCUGCACUUUAUACCACAUUUGAGAACACAUGAGGAGACUUUUGGAAGAACGGCAACGCAUUGAAGACAGUAGAGAGAAGAAGAGUCCUGCCAUGCCCGGUUCUCCUGUGGAUGCAAAGACUCAUUCCAGAUCAGCCCCUAGCAGCAGUGCCAGCUCCACGAUGCCACCCCUGCCUUCUAUCAAUCCCAGUGGCCCUCGCCCGGCCUCAUUUUCAUCCACAACAUUGACCAAUGGUCAUCAUCAUUCCCCACCGACUUUGAAUGCUGUGCCAUCUCCACCGCAGCGUUACAGCAAUGGGCCAUCUUCUUCCUCUUCUUCUUCACUGGCUAACCAGCAACUGCCGGCAACCUGUGGUGCACGACAGCUGAGCAAGCUGAAACGUUUUCUGACCACGUUACAGCAGUUUGGCAAUGACAUCUCUCCCGAGAUUGGAGACAGUGUUCGAAGCCUAGUUCUGGCCCUUGUGAAUUCGACAGUUACAAUUGAGGAAUUUCACUCACGGCUUCAGGAGGCAACCAACUUCCCCUUACGGCCCUUUGUUAUCCCCUUUCUCAAGGCAAACCUACCCCUACUGCAGAGGGAGCUGCUCCACUGUGCAAGGGCAGCCAAGCAGACCCCGGCCCAGUAUCUGUCCCAGCACGAGCACCUCCUGCUCAGCACCACCCUGGCUUCCUCGCCAGACUCCUCGGAGCUGCUGAUGGAGCCGAGCGACGCCGCAACCAAGAGGCACAGCCCCGGCAGAGGUAAAGAGAACGGUUUCCACGAGCGUCCACCUGUAGCCAUGGAGCCUGCCACCAAGCGGAUCUGCACCAUCAGUCCUGCUCCCCGACAUAGUCCUGCACACCCGCUGCCCCUCAGUACGCAGCUCCAUCCCACGCCUCCGCCCUUGCAGCACUAUGCCCUGGAUGACAUCGCAGCGCCACACAUUCUACACCGCGACCACAGUCAACGCAUGCUGGAUCUGCGGGAGCUCAAAGACAGGCCCCGAGUUCCUGGUACUAAUGGAGGCUACCGAGAAGAGCCGGUGGACCACAGACUGACCGACAGAGAGUGGGCGGACGAAUGGAGGCAUCUGGAUCAUGUGUUGAAUUGCAUUGUGGACAUGGUGGAAAAGACACGAAGAUCCGUGAGCGUCUUGAGAAGAUGUCAGGAGUCAGACCGCGAGGAGCUCAACUAUUGGAGGCGGCGUUCUAGCGAGCAGGAGGAUCCACGUAAAGGAGGCUCGGGUCCCGCCCCCUUCUCCAAAACACACAGCCCUGCAGAAACAGACUCUCAACGUGACUUUGGUCCACGGCCAGGCUCGGCUUACGUUACAGAUGAGAUCUGGAGGAAAGCUGAGGAAGCAGUCAAUGAGGUGAAGCGUCAGGCGAUGGAUGAGGUUCAGAAGGCAGUGGCAGAGGCUGAGCAAAAAGCUUUUGAGAUGAUUGCAGCUGAGAGGGCCAAGAUGGAAAAGACUCUGGCUGAGGCAAAGAGAAAGGCUCAGGAGGAUGCCAUCCUGGUCAUCAAUGAGCAAGAGGACUCCAGCGAGUGCUGUUGGAAUUGUGGCCGUAAGGCCAGCGAGACAUGUAGCGGCUGCAACGCCGCUCGCUACUGCGGCUCCUUCUGUCAGCAUAAAGACUGGGAGAGGCAUCACCUCAUCUGCAGCCCGGGGCUUCAGACCCAACCCAAACCCGUGUCUGCAAUCAGUGCAACAAGGGUAGCCGCCACGGCCACAGCAACCGCCGCCACCGGGGUGUCUCCUGUUGGUCUUGCUGGGUUCAAGGGCGAUAGUGUACCUUCAGUCUCCAGUCCAGCAGGAGAGAAGGUCGUUGCGUCUCGCUCCUCCACCCCUUCUACCCCGCCCUCAACCGCUGAGACCAAUGGACAUUAGGAAGAGGAGGACACCAGUGAUUAAUCUAACACCUUUCCCGCGAGUAGGAUUAAAUCACCAUCAUCAGCACGAGGGACCUCUUUGUGGAUUAAGUUAGGACACCAGAUUUUUCAUCAUAAUCUUUGUCAUAAAAAAGGACAGAUUAUGGGAUGACUGUUUGAGAGAUAUGUCAGCUGGGACUUUGGCUUUGGAAAAGAACACAAGGACUCGUCUCAGAUGCAUCAGUUGGACGUACAGAUCUCCCUAACAGAUGGAAACAUGUUUAUCUUUGUCCAAAACCCACAGAUCAUGGAUCCGCGAAGGGACUUUAAAAACUGACAAGUGAUCUCAGUUUAUUUCUGGCUGGGGAAGACGGAGAGAAAGAAGAUUAAAAAUCAGUGAGGUCUAAAAUGAAGCGUCCCAGGCAAUAUGCUCAGUUUGUUGUGUAUAAAGUUCCAGAGGUGGUGGUGGUAAAUGUAAAUGGUGUAAUCGUACCGGCCAUAAAGCAUCGGUCUUCAUCCUGUAGGACAAAGCCAAGUCCUCUCUGCAGCUCCCCUAUACACAUAAAUGUUUGCUUGCCAAAUUCUUGUCAGGUUUCCAUGUGUGUAAAUGUGUGCCGUCAAGUGACUAUUGUAAAGAGUUUGUCAAAGCAAUAUUAAAUCAAAGUGUUCAGGUAUCUUAGCCCGUUUAUGCAUCACCAAAGUUUUCACCCACUAAAGAGAGAGUUGUUUUUUACUUCUGUCUUUGUGAGCAAGAGUGAAUUGAACCCCAUCUGUCAUUUUUUAAUUAAAGGGAAACAUAACGAGGAA